UGAUUAUAUUUUUGAAUAGACGAGAUAAUUAAGCGAAAUAAUUGUAAUUUAUUAAUAAAUAUUAAUAAUUAGUUAAUUUAAUUUAUUUAUUUAAGAUCAUGAAACACUUCGAGUUUAUCGAAUGUUCAACAUCGAUCUAAUUUUUGGGGACAAGGCCCAGUUUUUAAAUCCGCGAUUAAGAAAUCCCGCAUUAAAAACUCCGAUUGAAUUUGAUUUAAAUUCUAUCAGAUUCGAUCAGUUGAAUUUCAAUAAAAAAAAAAUCUUUAUUUUUUCAAUCGAACUCAAUAGGAAAAUCAUUUAUCGAUAAUUUUUCCAAUUGAAAGUCAAUCGAGAAUUCCCGAUUAUACCUGAUUUGAAUUUUUGAAUUUGAGUUUUUAAUCUGGGAUUAUAUAUAUAAAAUAUAUCAUAGAUCCUGAUAUAUAUGUAAAUCUCGGAUCAAAAAACUGGAUUAUCUAGAGAUCCUAUGCUCGGAUGUGUAUACUGGAGAUACAUAUAAGAGAUUAAAUUAAAAAAUUAUUGUCAUGUAUUGAACUAGGGUAAACCUGAUUAAGCAACUGAAUUCGAUCGAAUUAAACAGAAUUAAAAUUUGAAUUCUAUUUAAUUCAGAUAAAUUCUGUUAAUUCGGUACCUAACUUAAAAAUGAAUUCUGUCUAAUUCGGUAGGAAAACCAGAAUCUGUUCAAAUUAAAACGAAUUUAAAUAAUUCUAUUCGGUUUAAUUCUGAUUAAUUCGAAAAUAAUUCUCCAAUUUCUGGUUCUGAAUCCGAAUUAAACUGAAUUAAAACGAAUUUGAAAUUUUUAAAUCGGUUUUAUUCUGUUUAAUUCAAAUUCAAAUUUUCAAUUCAGUUUAAUUCUGUUUUGCAGAAUUCGACAGAAUAUAACAGAAUUAAAAUUUUUAAUUCGGUCGAAUUCAGUUGUUUAAUCAGGGAAGGUACCACUUUUGACCACUUCAGGGCCAGAUUUGGACCCCAAGUAGCACAGAGCAACUUAAAGAUGUCUUUUAAAAAUACAAUGUCAAUUAAAAAGUCGUUUAGAUGACUUACUUACCAGUAUUUGUAAUUUACAUUUUGUCGUCACUUGGUCAAGUCUUUCAAGUAGAUAUUUUUCGGUGACAUAAAUUUCUGAUCGUUUUGUCAACAUGAUGCCUAUGAAUACAGCAAAAAGUUGCCUAAAAAUUGAUAUCUUAUAGAUUUCACAAAAGCAAGUGUGCUACUUGGGACAUUUCAAAAAAUUUUACCACUAUUACAUUGCAAGUUUUUGAAAAAAAAAGAGCAGUGGCUACAAAUGGUACUGCUACUCUACGUAAGAUAAAAGACCCAAUUAUUAAAACAAUUAUAGAUAACCGGUGGUGAAUUUUUUGAUACUGUCCAUACAAUUGUUAGACAAUUUCUCUGCUUUAUAUAAAAAUACUUGGCGCUAAUAAUUUGAUUCUGGAUUUAAAAACCAGCCCUAAAUUAUUUAGCCGAUCACGCGCCAAUUUUGAAACCCGUUCAAAAUCUACGUAACAAAAACCAAUUUAUUGAUAUUAAAUAAAUUAUAAUGUCUAACAUACUCCAAAUUUUUAUUAAUUUGGUCUUUUAUCUUCUAUAAAUAUAAAUAUAUAUAAAUAAAAUAUAAUUUGUUAAAAAUUGUUAAGUAAAAUCGAGCUUAUUAAAUUUGUAUAAAGUUAUAGAUUUAUAUAUACAUAUAAAAAUAUAUAAAAAAUUAAAAUUGAAUAUUUAUUUAAUAAAUUACUUACUUCAGUUAUAAAUAAAUAUAAUUAUCAGAGUGUCACUUUUUCCAAUCAAACUUCUAUUGUUUUGCCACUUCUGUCUACUGAAAAACCAAUUAAAUAUGAAAAUAUACAAUAGUAUUUAUUUAUUUUAUAAAUCGAGGUCUCUAUUACAUUAACAAUUGGCUAAUAAAAAUGUUUAAGUGGUCAAUGGUCAUUGAAAUACAAUGAAAAAUAAUAUAGCCUUCUAUUUAAUUAUUAUUUUAGUGAUUUUAAGUCUUAAUUUCCAUGGAUGUUUGACUGACAACUUGAGGUCGAAAAAAAGUUUGAAAUCGCUGACGACUCAUGAAAAAUUUUUCGGACAUAAAAAAAAUCCCAGAGAAAUAAACGAAAAUUUGUAUGAUGACGUAGAGGGAAAAGAAAAUGAAAAGAAAAUUAAUAAAAUAAAUCAUAGUGAUGGUAAGAAAAAUCUGUUACGUAAAAAACGUGACAGAGAAGACCGCGAGGUUUUGAAAAGACAAGCAGAGCUCGAGGUUACGAAAACAGAAUUGGAGGAACUCCAGCGGAAAAUCGAAAAUGAAAUCGUCAGUUUGAAAAACCGAUACAAGUCAUCCCGAGUUAACAGACAAAAUGAUGAUUCAAAGAUGAUAUCUAAUCCGCGGUUGGUUAAAAUAGAAGUCGAUACUUAUGAGAUCGACAGUCCUCCUGCUGAUCGUCACAAUCAAAAUAUAAAGAAGCGGGAAGACAUCAGCACGACAAUUAAAAGUAAAGUUGACAGUAAAAAUUUUGAUUUUUCGGUUCCGAAAGAAAGACGAAUGAUUUCGGAUGACAAAAGUCAAAUUAAUAAUCCCGAAGAUGAACUUGGAAGUAAAAUAGAGGCGAUUAAAAAAAAUUUUAAGGACCAGAUUGACUUUGAAAAAAGAAAUAAUGAAAUUGGAAAGAGUAAUGAUAAAUUUGAAGAGAUAAAAAAUCUUUACACGGGCAAAUGCGCCCGUAAUGACGCAGAAAAAAGUGUAAAAAAAAGAUCAGCUGGUGCUGAAGGUAAAAAUAAAUUUAAAAGACACGCGGGAAUUAAAAAAAUAAAAAAAUCUGUGUCUGAAAAUAUUUCAAUUAAAAAUAAUCAAGAUCUUGAUUCAAAUCUUAUCACUUCUGAAUCAAAGAUAAAAAAUUCAUUGAGAGAGAAGCGAAAGACGAGUCAUCAUGAGAAAUCAAAAUCUAAAAAAGACACGUUACAUAAAAACAAACAUGAUAACAAAGUUGUCAAGAAAAGUGUCAGUAAUAAAGAUAAUAAAUUAAAAUUAUCUGUUGGGAAUUUAAGUCGCGGAAAAAGAAAUAAACAGGCGCAUAAAAAAGCUAAUGCUCAUAAAAUUAAGGAGAGAGAUAGACCCAAACAUCUGCACAAAAGACAGUAUAAUAGAUGGGAUACUGUAGAGAGAGACGAGAGGUCCGUAGAUACCGUUGACAAUAAAAAUUCAAAUGCAGAAGCUGAGUCGGAUGAUGGACUGGAUGUACUCAACUCGCAAGACAAUGCGCCAAUAGCAUCUGAAUACAAAGAAUCAUUCGGCGGGUUUCCAAACGAUCCAGCCGAUGCACUUAAUCGUUACAAAAGAAUAAAGCGAUACAAAUCAUGAUUACUUAUCAAUACUAGUCACAAAUAAUAACAUUAAUUUAGUACACUUAUAUUUAUAUAAGAAGAUUUAUAUUAUCAGUGAGACAACUUUAUUAAUUAAAUUUAUUUUAGUAACAAUUACUGAUAUUUAGUUUAAAAUUUAACAAUAAAUUACUGGAUAACAUAAAAAAAAAUUAAAUAAAUUUUAUAGAGUUGUCUCACAAUAUUUAUUAAUUAAAAAUGACAAUCUUCUCUUUAAUUAAACAAUGUAAAAAAAAUUAAUUACAAUAUUAA